AUGGCAGAUAUUUUGCUUGCUUUUAAGAGUUCGCAGAACGUGGCUGGCCAGGAAGGCGGCUGGACAGGUCUCGGGAGCCGAAUGAUCCGUGAAAAACCAGGCGGCAUCGGCUACACAGAGUGGUUCCUAGCAAAAGAUCACCUCCAAGUUGGCGAUGUGGUCCGGUCCCGAAAGUCACCAAAUUCCCGCAGCCCGAAAAACAUGGAAGUCCCCGAGGGCACUGUAGUCGGGCUCGAACGCGACACGGACCAAGAUGGGUUCAUCCUCGUCAGGGUGCAUGGGGUCCACGACCCCAUCCGGUCCCACGUGUCCACGCUAGAGCGGGUCACGUUUGGCCUGGCCGCCGGCGACUGGAUCCGCCUGAAAAGGGAGGACAAAUGCCACUCGCCGGUCGGGAUCCUCCACGCUGUGAAUCGAGAUGGGAGUGUAACAGCCGCAUUCAUAGGCCUUGAUACGCUGUGGAAAGGUGACUACUCGGAGUUCCAGAUGGCGAAGCCUUAUUGGGCGGGCCAGUUUGUGAGGCUCAAGCCAAGCGUGUUCAGCCCCCGAUUCGAGUGGCCUAGGAGAAGAGGCAGUGGGUGGGUGGCUGGGAGAAUUUGUCAGGUGCUGCCCAACGGGUGCCUAGUCGUCAAUUUUCCAGGCAGGCUGAUGAUGGGGCGCGGGAGCUUUUUAGCCGACCCUGCUGAGGUGGAGCUCGUGUCCUUCGAGACAUGUCAGGGAGUGGUGAGGAAGUACGAGCACUUGGAGGAUUUCCACUGGGCCGUGAGGCCACUGCUGAUGGCGCUGGGCCUGUUCACUGCAAUGAAACAAGAUAACAACUACUAUGUUGAGAGAAAAUAG